UCAACGUAGCCAUUUGAAUUGCUGAAAGUUCAGAGCCUUUUUGCUGUUUCUCUGUUACCUUGGCUCUGUUUGGGCGAACGAAAAUAACAACCAAGAAUGCCUGCAAGGAAACGCCAGAUAAGCAAAAGAAAGGCAGAGGAGCCGGCGAAAGAAGCAGUCAACAAGAAGAAAGAGAAGCGAGAAGCUGCAAGUGUUGACCUUAGAGAAACUGGGCAUGUCUUGACACUUGGGCAGGGUGAUGUGGGGCAGUUGGGUUUGGGUGAAGAAAUCUUGGAAAGAAAGAAACCAGCCAUUGUGAAAGGACUUGAUAAUCUGGAAAUUGUGCAAGUGGAAUGUGGAGGAAUGCAUACUGUAGCUCUCACAAGCUGUGGAAAGGUUUAUACAUGGGGUUGUAAUGAUGAGGGCGCAUUAGGCCGUGUUACUUCAAGUGAGAAUGGUGAAGAGUUUACUGCUGGUCUAGUGAAAGAUAUAGAAAGUGUAAAUGUUGUCAUGGUGUCAGCAGGUGACAGUCAUACAAUGGCAUUGUCCGACCAAGGAAUAGUAUAUGGUUGGGGGACAUACAGGGAUGCAAGUGGACAAGUUGGUCUGCAGGCAGAUGGUAUCAAACACAAGCCUACAGUUAUCCUAUCUCUUAAGAGCAACCCCAUUAUCAAAGUAGCAUCUGGGAAUGACCAUACAGUUGCAUUGACAAAGGAAGGAAAUAUUUUCACUUGGGGCUGUGCAGAACAAGGCCAAUUGGGAAGAAUAAUGGGAUGCUUUACUAGCCGUGGGGGGCGUAGGGGUUUGCAGUACAUCUUAAACCCAAAACAAGUUCGCAACAAGAAAAAACUGAAAUUUAAAGACAUUUUCUGUGGUAGCUACUCUACAUUUGCUGUUUCUCAAGAUGGUGGGGUAUAUGCAUGGGGACUAAACAACUAUGGGCAGCUAGGAACUGGAGAUCUUGAAACUCUUUAUGCUCCAACAAAGGUGGAAGCACUUACAUCCUUAAACUCAGACAAUGACAAGUGUGUCAGUAUAGCCAGCGGUCAGCACCACACAAUUGUUCUGGACUCAAGUGGCAAAGUGUAUGCAAUGGGAAGAGCAGAAUAUGGAAGACUUGGUUUGGGUGGAGAUGCUAAGGAAACCACCUCCCCAGUUUUAGUUGCUGCAUUAGAAUGGAACCCUAUUUGCAAGAUUGCUUGUGGCGAAGCUGUCAGCUUGGCUGUCUCAAGCAAGGGAGAUUUAUAUUCAUGGGGUUUUGGAAGUUGCCUUCAGCUGGGUACAGGAGAAGACGAGGAUGAAUAUUCGCCAGUGAAAGUGGAAGGGAAGAACUUGCAGUCUGAACAUCAUGAGGUGUUGGGGGUUUCUGCUGGAGGACAGCAUACAGCUUUACUGGUUAAAGACAGGAAACAAUGAAAUGACUCUAAUACUCUGUAAAAAACACGAAUCUGUGUGGCA